UCCAAUAAGCAACUCAGUUCCUCCAGCCAGACCCUCGGACAACGUCCACCAUGAGCAAGUCCUUCUCCUCCCAGUCCGCCCAGUCAGCCUCUUCCUACCGCCGGACCUUCGGCUCUGGUAUUGGAUCCAGCCCAGGCAUGUCCUCCAUGUUCUCCCACGGCGGACGCGGCUCCUCCGGCUCGGCCCAGAUGUCCUCCAGAGUGUACGAGAUGACCAAGACCUCAGCCCGCCCCAGCUACUCCUCCGGCAGCAUUCGUUCCUCCUCCGGCGGCGCGAUGCGCUCGUACGCCGGGAUGGGCGAGAAGCUGGACUUCAACUUGGCUGACGCCACGAACCGCGACUUCCUGGACACCAGGACCAAUGAGAAGGCAGAGCUGCAGCACCUGAACGACCGGUUCGCCAGCUACAUCGAGAAGGUCCGUUUCCUGGAGCAGCAGAACGCUACUCUGGUGGUGGAGAUCGAGAGGAUGAGGGGUCACGAGCCGACCCGCGUGGCCGAGAUGUACGAAGAGGAGAUGAGAGAGCUGAGGCGUCAGGUGGACGGCAUGUCCAAUGACAGAGCCCGCAUGGAAGUGGAGAGAGACAACCUGGCUGACGACCUGCAGAAACUCAAACUCAGACUGCAGGAGGAAAUCCACCAGAAGGAAGAGGCGGAGACCAACCUGUCUGCCUUCAGAGCUGACGUGGACUCUGCCACUCUGGCCAGGCUGGACCUGGAGAGACGCAUUGAGAGUCUGCAGGAAGAGAUCGCCUUCCUCAAGAAGAUUCACGAGGAGGAGAUCCAUGAGCUGACGAGCCAGAUGCAGGAGACCUCGGUGCAGGUCCAGAUGGAUAUGUCCAAACCAGACCUGACCGCUGCCCUCAGAGACAUCCGUAUGCAGUACGAGGGCAUCGCAGCCAAGAACAUCUCAGAGGCUGAGGACUGGUACAAGUCCAAGGUGUCAGACCUGAACCUGGCUGUGAACAAGAACAACGAUGCUCUGAGACAGUCCAAACAGGAGAGCAUGGAGUUCAGACAUCAGAUCCAGUCCUACACCUGUGAGAUCGACUCUCUCAAGGGAACCAACGAGUCUCUGCUGAGGCAGAUGAGGGAGAUGGAGGAUCGUCUGGGAAACGAGGCUGGAGGUUACCAGGACUCCGUCACCCGUCUGGAGGCUGAGAUCGCUAAGAUGAAGGAUGAGAUGGCUCGUCACCUCAGAGAGUACCAGGACCUCCUCAAUGUCAAGAUGGCCCUGGAUAUAGAGAUCGCUACCUACAGGAAGCUACUGGAGGGAGAGGAGAGCCGCAUCACUGUAUCUGGCUCUCACUCUGCUGCCCACUCUGCUGCCCACUCUGCUGCCCACUCUGCUGCCCACUCUGCUGCCCACUCUGCUGCCUCAUCAUAUUCCACUAUUGGAUUCAGAGAGACCAGCCCAGACGCCGGGCGUUCAUCAGAGGUCCACUCCAAGAAGACUGUUCUGAUCAAGACCAUCGAAACCCGCGAUGGAGAGGUGGUCAGUGAAUCUACACAGCACCAGCAAGACAUCAUGUAAACAACAACAACAACAAUAACAAACGAAGCAACAACAAGUUAAUAAAACAUUUUUUUUUAAGGACGUUUACAUACCAAGAUACAAGGGCUGCUCUAGUUAGCUUUUCUAAGGAAAGUCUCGUUUGAAAGGUCUCUCUUUGAGAGGGAGUGAGUUAUCAACACCUUACGAAGUGUUAUAACCACCUUACAAAGGGUUAGGUAUGUUCAUAACUCACUAACUCCUAGUAAUCAGAUUUUAUAUGACCAAUCACCAAAGGAGAAGAAGACAGAUGAAGACAAUGCUACCGUAAUCAGAAGACAAUGUUACCGUAAUCAGAAGGCAAUGUUACCGUAAUCAGAAGGCAAUGUUACCGUAAUCAGAAGGCAAUGUUACCAUUAUCAGAAGACAAUGUUACCGUAAUCAGAAUACAAUGUUACCGUAAUCAGAAGGCAAUGUUACCGUAAUCAGAAGGCAAUGCUACUGUAAUCAGAAGACAAUGUUACUGUAAUCAGAAGACAAUGUUACUGUAAUCAGAAGACAAUGUUAGCGUAAUCAGAAUACAAUGCUACCAUAAUCAGAAGGCAAUGUUAAUGUAAUCAGAAGACAAUGUUACCGUAAUCAGAAGACAAUGUUACCGUAAUCAGAAGACAAUGUUAAUGUAAUCAGAAUACAAUGUUACCGUAAUCAGAAGACAAUGUUACUGUAAUCAGAAGACAAUGUUACCGUAAUCAGAAGACAAUGUUACCGCAAUCAGAAUACAAUGUUACCAUAAUCAGAAGACAAUGUUAAUGUAAUCAGAAUACAAUGUUACCGUAAUCAGAAGACAAUGUUACCGUAAUCAGAAGACAAUGUUACCAUAAUCAGAAUACAAUGUUAAUGUCAUCAGAACACAAUGUUACAGUAAUCAGAAGGUGGGAACAAGGUGGAAUGAAAGUCAAGUCAGGCCCUGGCCAGAACAGAACAUACAUGGCUAGAGGGGAUCUCCAGAAUGUCAAGAGUUGUAUCUCUGUAGUGCACGUUUCUUUGUGUGUGUGUGUGUGUCAGAAAGGGUCUAUCUGCUUCACAAUGUUUCACAGCCGAUGAUCUGAAAUAAAAUACUUUGUAUGUUGA